AUGGGAGUGCAACGCCAUUUCAAAACCAUAGUGAAAAAUCUCUGCACUUGUGGAAAAUUCCGAGAAGAAGCUAAGGAGCAUAGCGGGGGUCUUGGAACAAUGGCUCCUCUAGGGGUACGAUUGCAUAUACAAGAUCGCCAUGUGAUGAUGGAUAAUGGCAUAGUCCAAGUCACACUAUCAAAUCCAGAUGGAAUAGUCACUGGAGUACGAUACAAUGGCAUGGACAACUUGCUUGAAGUUCUCAACCAGGAAUCUAAUAGAGGGAUUAAGGCAACAGAUUUUAAGGUUAUAAUGGAAACUGAGGAACAGGUAGAGGUUUCAUUCUCAAGACCAUGGGAUCCCUCCCUCCAGGGCAAGCUUGUUCCAUUGAACAUUGACAAAAGGUUUAUUUUGCUCCGGGGUUGCUCGGGGUUCUACUCCUAUGCAAUUUAUGAGCACUUGGGCUCCAUGGAAUGGCCUGCUUUCAGCCUUGGUGAAACCAGGAUUGCAUUCAAGCUCCGGAAAGACAAGUUUCACUACAUGGCUAUGGCGGAUAAUAAACGAAGAUUCAUGCCCCUACCAGAUGACCGCAAUUCUACAAGGUGCCAAGUUCUUGCCUACCCAGAAGCUGUCUUACUUGUCAAUCCUGUGGAGCCCGAGCUCAUAGGAGAGGUGAUGAUGGAUAAUGGCAUAGUCCAAGUCACACUAUCAAAUCCAGAUGGAAUAGUCACUGGAGUACGAUACAAUGGCAUGGACAACUUGCUUGAAGUUCUCAACCAGGAAUCUAAUAGAGGGAUUAAGGCAACAGAUUUUAAGGUUAUAAUGGAAACUGAGGAACAGGUAGAGGUUUCAUUCUCAAGACCAUGGGAUCCCUCCCUCCAGGGCAAGCUUGUUCCAUUGAACAUUGACAAAAGGUUUAUUUUGCUCCGGGGUUGCUCGGGGUUCUACUCCUAUGCAAUUUAUGAGCACUUGGGCUCCAUGGAAUGGCCUGCUUUCAGCCUUGGUGAAACCAGGAUUGCAUUCAAGCUCCGGAAAGACAAUGGUCACUAUGCUGGGGAUGAUCUAGUGCCUAAAUUUGGUCAGGGUGAGCCGUGGAAGAAAGUUUUUGGUCCUGUUUUCAUCUAUGUAAAUUCCGUAAUGGAUGGAGAAGACCCUUUUACACUUUGGGACGAUGCCAAAAACCAGAUGUUGGUUGAAGUCCAAAGCUGGCCGUAUAGUUUUCCGGCAUCGGAGGAUUUCCCAUUCUCGGAUCAACGGGGAAAUGUUAGUGGCAGAUUACUAGUCAGAGACGGGUAUGUUAGCGAUGAUUAUAUACUAGGGAAUGGUGCUUAUGUGGGAUUAGCCCCACCUGGAGAAGUGGGAUCAUGGCAAAGAGAAUGCAAGGACUAUCAGUUUUGGACUAAGGCAGAUGACGCAGGCUAUUUCUCCAUCAACGAUGUACGUGCUGGCAACUACAAUCUUUAUGCAUGGGUCCCUGGAUUUGUUGGAGAUUAUCGAAACGAAGUUGCAAUUACUGUCACUCCAGGUUCUGAUAUUGAUAUGGGUGAGAUUAUAUAUGAACCUCCGAGAGAUGGACCAACAUUGUGGGAGAUUGGUAUUCCUGAUCGUUCUGCAGCAGAGUUCUAUGUUCCUGAUCCUAACCCCAAAUUUAUAAACAAACUUUUUAUCGAUCAUCCUGAAAGGUAUAGGCAAUAUGGAUUAUGGGAAAGGUACGCGGAGAUAUAUCCUAGUGAAGACUUGGUGUACACUGUUGGUGAGAGUGAUUAUCGAAAAGAUUGGUUUUUUGCUCAGGUCACCAGGUAUAAGGGAGACAAUACAUUUGUAGGAACCACUUGGCAGGUCAGGUUUAAACUUGACAAUGUUGAGAGUGGAUCCUACAAAUUGCGAGUGGCACUUGCAUCUGCAGCUCUUGCUGAAUUGCAGGUUCGGGUUAAUGAUCCAAAUACACCUCGUCCCCUGUUUACAAGCGGACUAAUUGGGAGAGACAACUCAAUUGCAAGGCAUGGGAUUCAUGGUCUCUACUGGCUUUACAAUGUGGAUAUACCAAGUGCUAGGCUUGUCCAAGGGGACAAUACCAUAUUUUUGGGGCAGCCAAGGAGUGUCAGUCCUUUCCAAGGGCUCAUGUAUGACUAUAUACGUUUAGAAAGUCCCUCUACUGCUAAUUUGUGUUAGGUGUUCAAGUUUAUUUUUGUUCCUAGCCAAUACCUUUCAAAAUAAGUUGUUCUACAAUACUUUAAUAAUAACAGCCACGGUUUUAUUCCUAAAAAAGUUUCAUUUGUGACCAUG